CGGAAAUCCCUGUACAUGUAAAACAUACAAAGGAAAAAUGUUUGCUGUUUGCACAGAUCUUAAUUUGGAUAAAGCACCAGAUUUUCCGAAUAAUGUCGUUGGCAUCAACUUUGCAAGGAAUAACUUUGAAAGCAUACCCCAAAACCUUCCAAAGAGCCUAAUGUACCUAGAUAUGUCUCAUAACAAUAUACAAUCAUUAGAUAAUUCCUCUGUGGUUAGAUACCGACUACUUCGGAAUUUUAGUGUCUCUUGGAACAAACUUUCCAAUAUUCAAAUUGGUACAUUUCAGUUACAUUCAAAUCUUCAACAUCUUGAUAUUUCCAAUAAUGAUAUUCUUACAAUUGAAGUCAUUUCUAAUAUAUCUUCUGAUUUGAAAGAUUCGCGAAUAAAAACGUUAAAUUUUGAAAAACUUCAGUGCACUUACGGAAUCUCUCAGAUUAUUGAAGUAAACCAUGUUGCCCAUUUGAAGAAUACCAAUCUACAGGAGUUAAACCUAGCGUCAAACAGGAUUAAUAGUCUGGAACUAAGUGUUUUAGUUUCACUUCCCAAAUCACUUCGUGUCCUAAAUUUAGCAGAUAAUAAGUUAAGCUUUGGACUUUACAUCAUGGAAUUUGCUGUUCUGAAAAGUCUGGAGAUACUUAAUAUAAGCUUCCAGUACUCAUUUCAUCAAAUGGGCAUGACGGUUGACUUUUUCGAAAAAUGCAAUGACACAAGAAUUCAAGGAGUUGAUCUUGGCUCUUCUAUACCCGGAAGCAAAAACAAUGACACUAACAGAGGUCUGUCUUUUGGUGGGUUAAUGUCUAAAUAUGUUGAUGAUUCUACAAGAGUAGAAAACUACACGGUAUAUUUGCCGCCAAAUCUACGAAAACUUUAUUUCCAUGAUAAUCUAUAUAAAAUGUCCGUGCCCAAAAUACCGAUUGGACCCAUUAACAAACUAACACAUAUAUAUGUCCAAAGGAAUAUAAUUUAUGAGGUGAUUGGACCAUUCACGGGAAUUGAAAAUAUUCGAUAUAUUGAUUUUUCUGGUAACUUUUGUGGAUACAUUUCAAAAUCAUUUUUACAGCAUUUUACAGGUAUCGAAUUUUUGAAUCUUUCUAACAAUGCUUUCGGACAGGUUUUCGAAAAGGAUAAGAAUGGAGAAAUACUCUUAUAUCAAACUCGCCUAUUACUCCUAGACUUGUCUUACAACAGAAUCCAUAGUUUUUCAAGUGUUAUUUUUCAAAAGAACAGCAUGCUGGAACACUUAAACCUUGGUUAUAAUUCUUUAAAUGAAUUUACUGUGCAGAUUAACCAUAUGAAAAAUCUAUCUCUAUUAGACCUAUCUUUCAAUCAGUUGGGUUCUCUGGAAUUAUCUGUAAGAGAUGCCUUGAAUGCAAUAGCAAAGGAUAAAGAAGUCCAUGUAAAUUUGUUGGGUAACCCAUUGAAGUGCUCUUGCGAAAAUCUCAAUUUCAUAAAGUGGAUGCAUCAUUCCAAGAAAUUGAAUUUUGUUAUGUUGGAGAAUUACUCUUGUGAAUUUAAAAAUUUCAAAGAAUAUCCUUUGAAUGAAAUUGAGAAUUUACUUCAGGAAAUGGAGAAAAAAUGUUCUUCAUAUACGCUCAUUAUAGUAGUGAUGACGUCAUUGAUAAUCGUUGCUUUAACAGCAACGAUAAGUCGCAUCGUAUUUAGAUACAGAUUGAAACUCAGAUAUCUGUAUUAUGUCGCAAAAGAGAAAUAUCAAGGUGAGAUCGUUGAUGACGUCAACAUCAAGAAAAGCUUAUACCGCUAUGACGCAUUCAUUUCUUACACGGAUCAAGACAGAUUAUUUGUCAUUAAUCUUGUACGUAAGCUAGAGAAUAAAUAUGACUUACGUUUGUGCAUUCAUCAUAGAGAUUUUAUUCCCGGUACAGGUAUAAUGGACAAUAUUACAAAUGCCAUUCACUGUAGCAAACGAACUGUCUGCAUUAUGACGCAUAAAGAUAAUAUGCAGAGUUCUGAAUUUGGACCUGAUAUUUUUCCUUAUAGAGGCAGUAACAAGAGGGAAAGGAUCGAAAUCGAUGCAAUGAUGCAGACAACAAAAAUGGAAGAUAUUGAUUCACCUGAUAAACUGACAGACAGAUAG